AUGCCUCAAAGCAGCAGAUUGAGCCGAUACGAUCACCUCAAAGCUAUCUUUUCAAGACGGUCUAGCCAAGAACCCGAGAUCAAGGAUGAUACCACGUCCGAAACUACACUGGUCCCACAACGGACACAAGCAACAAGCUACAAGAAGCGUGACAUCCCCCAGAAUUAUAAUGCGGCCGAUAUGUGCUUCGGCUCUUGCUGCAGAAAUUGA